GUGUGUAACUCUCCAUCAGCGAGGGAGAAUAAAUAGCCAAGCAUGUCUACCUUUCAAGAUGUAGCAAGUAAACUUCAGCUGCACUCUUUUGAACCGUUUAUCAUUUUUAUUUUUAUUUAGAUGCGAUUUAAAUUUGGGCCACAUCUGUUAUUAGAUUUUAAUUAAAUAAAAUGGCGGCCAAUAUAAAAGAUAAAGAAGCUUUUCAGCGGCUGAACUUCCUCUAUCAAGCUGCACAUUGUGUUUUGGCCCAAAACCCGGAGAACACUGAACUGGCUCGUUUUUACUGUUUCACCCAGAAGACCAUAGCCAAACGCCUGGUGCUGAGACAAGAUCCCUCAGUGAAAAGGACGAUGUGUAAGAAAUGCUGUGCUUUACUGAUACCCGGGGUUACAGCUACUGUCAGACAAAGAAGUUCUCUGCGGCAGCGCGCAACACUAAUACGAUGUCUUGGCUGUGGACAAACCAAAAAGUUUCCUAACAACCCAAAACAUCAGUUGUGGGUGGACCAAUCAGAGGCUCAGUUAGAGAAUCAGCUUCAGCCAGAAGCCUGUCCAUCAUCCAAAGCUUUGACACAGAAGGAUAAACCUGAUAAAUGCAGUACUGUGGUUCCUGUGAUCCAUGAUGCUGCCUCUUAAAUUCAAACUCUGAACUCCUUCAUUUUCAUCACUUCGGGAAUCAGCAUUAGAAGUUUGCUGCUGUGACCUUUUAAGUUAGGUGAAGAUAACCGUGAGAACAGAAUCAUUAAAAGCCCAUUGUGCUAAUGCUUAUUUAACUUUAUAUUUUAGACAGCAACAAAUGCUUGAGAUGGGAGAUUAAUGUAAUUUAUGGAGGUAAAUUAAAAUUACGCAGUUAAAUCUUUACAGGAUUUGAGUGACUCAAAUAAUAUUAUAUGUAGAUUUGUGAAAGUUUCCUUUUUGGCACAAAAAAACUUACACAAUGAGAUGGCACAUGCAUAUUUUAUUCUUGCAAAAUGUAUAAAACUGCUUGUUUUUCUUUCCUGGUGAUCCCUUUCCCCCCUUGUAAAUAAACAUUAUACAGCCAUCA